CGGCCCGGGGGGCGGGACUUUCCUGUUGAUUGACAGCCAGGGCCUGCCCUACACCGUGCUGCUGGCCCAGGGGGGCGCGGCCAGCGCGGGCCCCGCCCCCGGCCCCGCCCGGUUCGCGUGCCCCGAUUGUGGGCGGGGCUUCGCCUACCUGUCCUACCUGCGGCGCCACCGCAUCGCACACUCGGCGCUCAAACCGCACCGCUGCCGCGCCUGCGGCAAGGCGUUCAAGCGGCGCUCGCACCUGCAGCGGCACCGCGGCACAACGCACGGGCUGCAGGGACAGGAGGGCCACCACGGCCAGCAGGGCCAGCGCCACAGCGAGGUGGGCCACCAUGGCCAGGAGAGCCAGCAGGGCCAGUGA